UAAACGGCGCAGCAUAGACAAAUGUGAAGUAUUUGCUUUGCUUUGCGAGGAAGGAAGUGUGUGAUACUCUGUCCAUUUUCAAUCCUUUGAAAGACAGUGUGUAGUGUUGAGGCAACAAGAAGAAGGAAACAGCAAUUUCAUUUCAUUUAAAUUUCAAUGUCCACUGUGAGACAUAGACGGUCUCAGCCGUCUGAUCCAUCGGCAUCAGAACCAUACACGAAGGUUGACAAGCCCCAGAAAUUGGAGGAGAAAGAUGAAGAAGCGUUAGGGUGGUUUUUCCCCUUUCUGGCUCUUGGAUUGUUGAGGUACAUGAGUGCCACCACCAACAUCAUCCACGAUUGCGACGAAGUCUUCAAUUACUGGGAACCCCUUCAUUUCCUUCUUUACAAAACUGGCUUCCAAACAUGGGAAUACAGUUCACAGUUUGCUCUUCGGUCCUAUUUGUACCUUUUGUUUCAUGAAAUUGUGGGUCGACCAGCUUCGUGGUUGUUUAGUGAGGAAAAAGUGAGAGUUUUCUAUGCUGUGAGAUUCUUUCUCGGUUUUCUUUCUGUUGUCGCUGAUGCUGUUCUUGUGGUAGCUCUUUCCCAAAAAUAUGGAAAACGACUGGCUUCCUAUGCACUUGCUAUGCUGUGCUUAACCAGUGGAUGUUUCUUUGCUAGCACAAGUUUCUUGCCAAGUUCGUUUUCUAUGUACGCAAUAUCUCUUGCAUCAGGUUUAUUUCUUCUGGAUAAGCCUGCUGCAGCCAUUUCUGUUGCUGCUAUUGGUGUAAUACUUGGCUGGCCAUUCUCAAUUUUGGCUUUCCUUCCAGUGACACUUUAUUCUCUAUAUAGAAAAUUCAAACAUGCAUUCAUUGCUGGGGCUGUCACAUCGGUUAUUUUUCUGGCAUUGUCAAUUGUUACCGACUUUCACUACUAUGGAAAAUGGACUUCAUCUGUCUUGAAUCUUUUAGUAUACAACGUAGCUGGAGGUGGUGAAAGCCAUCUGUAUGGGACUGAAGGGCCUCUUUAUUAUCUGAGGAAUGGAUUUAACAAUUUCAACUUUUGUUUUGUUCUUGCUCUGUUGUUCUUGGCAAUUCUGCCCAUUGCAAAGAAGAAAUAUGCACCUGACCUACUGAUUGUGAUAUCUCCCAUAUAUAUUUGGCUGGGUUUCAUGUCUUUGCAGCCACAUAAAGAAGAAAGGUUCCUUUAUCCAGUAUAUCCACUUAUUUGUGUUGCUGCUUCAGCUGUCAUUGACAGCUUUCCUGAUCUUUUCCGUGACAAAUAUAAUCCCUAUGAUAAAUCUAUAAUGGUGACGAUAGCCAGAGUUCUGAGACCAGUGAUUCUUAGCCUCAUACUAUAUGCCUCUCAUGCUCGUACAUUUUCUCUGAUUCAUGGUUACUCAGCUCCCGUGGAAGUUUACAAGAUUUUGGAACACCAUGAUGCAGAUAACAAUUCUAUACUUUGCGUGGGAAGCGAAUGGCAUCGCUUUCCAUCAUCAUUUUUCAUUCCAGAUUAUGUGGGACAAGUUCGAUGGAUUGAUGAUGGAUUCCGAGGCCUUCUUCCCUUCCAAUUUAAUUCUACCCUAGGCGGGACUUCAGCAGCACCACCAUAUUUUAACAACAAAAACGUGGCAUCAGAUGAGCAAUAUCUCCAUGAUGUUGAUGCUUGUACUUUCCUGGUGGAGCUGCAGCUAAAGCGGCCUUACUUGACUCGUGGAAGUGACUUGUCAACCUGGGAGCCUAUUGCUGCAUUGCCUUAUCUGGACAGAGAACUUUCCCCGGCUUUGUAUAGGUCUUUUUUCAUUCCCUACCUUUGGCAAGAGAAGAAUGUUUUUGGCAUGUAUAAGCUGCUUAGAAGAAUACCCAAAUGAUUAUUUUGGGGGGAAGGGGCUUAAAACUGUCAUUGAAUAUGGUGGAUUUAGGACAACCAUUUUUGUCAGAGACAGGGAGCUUUUGGUCAUCUGUUGUUGAAUAUUUGAUUUAGUUCUAGUCUGGUUAAAUUUGUACUGUUGUCUGCUCUCCUACUUUUCUCAUGGAAGCAUUCAUUUAACCAUUCAUUUAUGGAUAAGGGUGUGUUUGGGUGAGCGUAUGUUCGUUUUAUUUUAGAUGGUUUGAUUUUU